AUGAUUUAGUUGCAGGAGCUCCAGUUCAUCAGAUAUAUCUUGUUGACUGUUGGAAAUAUCAUAAUUAUAAUGAUUUUAGAAAAGAUCAAUCUAAAUGUUGUGAAAUAAGCUAAGUAAUGA